UCAAUGUAGGGACCGGAAAUGCUCUUUUUUUUGACCCAAUGCGUUAUUGCAGGAGCGUUUCCGUGUGUGGGAACAAAGAUUAAAGCGUGAAAAUGAGCCAAAUGGAAGAGCUAAAGUUGUUUGUGGCUGCUCGCCUGCAGGUUGCCGCCUCUGAAAUCCUGACUGUUGUCGCGAGAACUUUAGCUAACUACGAGGAAGAGACCACCCGGCUGAAGGAGGAAAACAAGCGCCACUCGUCACUGUUGGAGAUUAUCCUUAAAAAGAAGUUACCGAAGAAAAGAGCUUGUCAUGCAACCAACGGUGCCACCGCCAAGCUCGCCGCUACGGCCGCCGCUCAACCCAGCACCGACCCGGCUGAUGGUGACUCUGCUGCUGGCUCGUCUUCUGUAAAAUCAGAUGUUAGGGUCAAGAUGGCAAAGCCUGCCUUCAGCACCAUUGGCCAACACACUGCCUUCACCUCCAAACAACACUUUAUCAAGUUUUCAUCUGGGGACGAUUGUUUGUUCUGUUUCAAGCAAGUGACCGCCACAGAGCAGCACCUGAUGAAAAGGCAUUAUGAUAUAGCUGUUCAUUAUGUUAACAACGGCAUUGAAAAAUUUGUGAUCCCGUGUAUGUGUUCAGCACAAAUUAAGGACAGAAGUCACUGGCACUGCCCGUGCUGCAAGGCUGUCAUUUAUCGAAGAUGCAGCUUUGAAGUCCACCUGUUGAAACAUGGUUAUACUCUGCUUGAGCCAAACCAAGUGAAAGGGAACCAUCAUCAGCCUUUCACUGUCUCACAUGAAGAAGAGCCUUCGAGUCUAGAAGACUGGUAUGAGGAAGAGCUCACCAGUCUGGAGCAGCAAGAGGAGACGGCUUCACUGCUGCUUCAAAUCAAAGAAAAAGCAAAAACAGGCAAACGUAUAAAAGUGGAGGACGCCCAACACGUCGGUAACAGUCAACAAGAACAAGAAAGCCUUCACCAAAAUCAAGCCCAGGACUCUGGCAAAGACGUCCUUUUGGACACUUACAGGAAAGUUAUCAUUAUGGAAGAUGGUUCCACUCGCCCUGUGGAAACUCAUCCGGACAGUGGGGUUGGUAAAGUGCUGGAAUCGGCUGGCAAAAUGCAGCCCCCAGCUUUAACCAGUGAUCCUGGGGAAUCCCGAGCAGCGUCGAGUUCAGAUGAUCUUAGCCCGCCGAGCAAAAAGCGUGCAAGAAGUCGACGAGCAUGUCUGAAUUUGCAUACAGUGAAAAAAGAGUCGUCUGCCAGUCAAAACCGCAUGGGGUCUUAUUACUGUAAGGCCUGUGGGGAGAUUUUCCAUUACAUGCACAAACUGAAGAUUCAUGUGCAGAAACAUUCAGGCGACAAAAUCCGGAUUUGUGGGAUUUGCGGAAAAAGUCUGGAGCACAGCGAAAGUCUACAUGAACACCUGCAGAACCACGAAAAAAAGAAUAUCUGUGGCAUUUGUGGCAAGCAGUUUUCAAGAGAAUCCCGUCUGAGGCAGCAUAAGAGUUUUCAUCGACCAAAGACCCUAAGUUAGAGGCGUCCAAGCUUCGUCACACAAUCCCAAAUUGUCAAGUCAUAAGUACUCAAGGGCUAUAAAAUAGAAAAAAAGAACAUACCCAAAAAUGACGGGGUUUUUUUUCUUCCUAAUCCACAAAAUAGCUGCAUUCAAUACUUUAAUUAAACAAAUUACAAUUUUUUUCUGUUGGAAAGGGAUGCGCAAAUCAUUUUAGAUCCAAAACUUAAAGGGUAUUAUGCAUUUGCUUUAUCUCUUUAAAAAUGUCUACUCAGCAAUGUAUUUAGUAAAUUUUACUAACUGAAUUGAAAGUUCAUAUUGACUUGGGCAUGAGAGAAUGUAAAAAGUGUUUGUAUUGAAGUGUACUUUGUGUUGGAACAUUUCCAAUUGUGAGAAUAUGUUUAACUUGUCCGUAUGAGUUUUGCCCUAAUUAAACAUAAAAAGAUUCCAUCUGCAUCAAUACAAAGCUAGGGAUGGGAGAAAUGCUGCUGGAGUCAAAUGUUUGAUUGUAGUCUUUCAGCAGCAAAGUGUUCUCAAAUGUAGCUAGUGUUGUCCUGGUGUUAUAUCUUUUUUCAGCAUUAUCCAAAUAAAUGUUGCAUUAAAGUUUAAUCUUUUUUUUUCUUUUUUUUUUAGCUAAGAAGUAAUUCUUAUACAUACUGUCAUCCUGUUUACACAUGAUUAGAGGGGUAAGCACUGAGGUGCUGAUAAUCACUGCUCUUGAUUAAUUGAUGUGUGAAACUACUAUUUUUUUUCCUCCUUCCUUGAGGGUUUGAUGCAUACAGCUGUGUUAAAACAAUGCCAAGACAGUUGGAUAUUGGUUAUAACCAGUGCCAAUUGUUGCUAGCAUUAUAAUAAAAUGUUUUACAGGAUGAAA